GCACUACAACACUAGACUUAUCUAAAAAGUGUCACAUUGUAGGGCCGGAGCGUCCCUGGCGUCCUGUUCCUGACGCAAUACGAACCAGAAGAUAACAGACUCAAGGAAGAAACAACCAGGGGAGCUUAUUUUCUCCAGGAAAAGGAGUCUUACAGGAAUCAAGGAGAACUGCGAAGUGAUUUAGGUGAGUCCAGAACAGAGGUCUUGAAACGGUUCAUGUGGGCUUAAUGUGCGUAAAACCGGAAUCCGGUCUGAUUCGCUUUUGUUGUGUAUGUUGGUAGCAACGCGACAGACACCCGCUUAUUGGUGCAAGUUUGUGAGUUUUUGCGGCUUUGAGGAAGACUCUAAGAGGAGCAGCUCAGUUGUUUGCUUGUUAUAUGAACUCUAUGAAUACAUAAUAAAAAUAUAUACAAGGACGAGGGGAAACAUGGCAAGAAUAAAUCUCGUUUGUUUAAAUUGAAGUUGUAAUAUUCGCUGAUGGUCCCUAACUCAAAAUUUACCUCCUCCAUUGACUAAAAAUUAAGUUGUUUAAACUUAAAAUAUCUCAUGUUGCCUGUCUGUAUUCCUAUAUUCAAGAAAAUGUGAAUAACUGUUAAUUCUCUCUCAUUAUUAUCAGGCGGUCUCGUCAGAUAGCUGUCCUGUGUGGUGUGUUGUGUUGUGUUGUGAGUCACCUGCCUGCUAGAGGGCUUUUAACCAUUAUUAUCAAUCCGGUAGAGUGAGGGGGUGUGCGCGCUGUUUGCUUGCCGCACAGGUAGAGCGGGUAUGGUUGCUCGGAAACCGCUGCAGGGGUGUCAUGAGCGGGGUGUGAACUCCUUCUUUCAAGGUCUGCGUGUGUGUGUGUGACUACUACCAUCCGGAAUCAAAGCGAGUCAGAGAGUGAGCUGUCUGCUGAUGUUUGACAUCACUGCUAACUAACCCCAUCAGACCUCCCUCUCUCACUAAAGCCUGUCCACGUUUUUUGUCCAAACCUGACCAUAAAAAGAUCCACAUUCUCCAGUCAAAGUAUCAGAUUUAAAUGACUGGAAGAAUUCCUUCUUUAAGAGGGUUAAUGCCCUGCAUGACUGCACAUCAUUUGUUUAAUCCUGUUGCCUGUAAAUGCUGCUAUGGUUAACUGCCAGGAUGAACUGUCUUUGCACCUGUUGCAAGAGGAAGCACAAGUCCCUGGGGGUUCAUUAUCGAGGAUCAUGUUGCUUCCCAUCCCCGCCGAACCGAAUCGACGGCCCUGGGCAGGGGGGAUUGCAUGCCUUGUUGGGCAGUUUGGCUCGAGCUGAUGCCCCGGGCUUCCUGUUGUUUUAGAGCUUUGUUUCUCACCAGCUGUCAGGGCUGCACAUAAAUAUGGCUCAGAGGAGAGCGGGAACGAGGGGGCCCUGUUCUUCUCAGUCAUCACUUCUACAUUAUAAGGAGGACAGUGUAUCCCUGAGUGUGUGCACGCACCUCAUUUGAAGAGAUGACCACCAGGGUUGCUGAUGCACCUGUUUUUCCCACAUUUUAAAAAUUAGGAUUAAUGGAGUUUUACCAUAACGAUGCAUGGUUUAUGUGCAACAAAGUUUCCCUUACAUGCUGAAACAAAACAUUUAGAGACUUUCUACUCCUGCUGCACCGGAGAUUGUGAAAUACUGAACUGGUUGGUCGAGUAUGAGGCAAGAAAAGUCUGAUUCUGCUUCCAGUGUAUCAUUGACCCCAGAGAUAUCAAUACGCUGCCACGGUUCCCCCCCUCUCUGAAUAUUGUAUUCACUGUUUACUCAGCCCUGACACAUACUUGACAUGACACGAACAUUCAGGUCAUUUGACUUGGUAAGUUCUUGCAACACCAGGUAUAUCUGCAGUAACAGGAGGAGCCCCUUCCUGCGCUGUUCGGGACUGGGCAGAUUGCAGCACUGGAGCACAGUAGAGUCGAGUUAUAAAACCAACCGUGUUGACAACAGGAGGAGGAGAAAUUUAAAUCUGAGAAGAUGGUGGUUAAAGCUUGAAUAUAAUGUGGAUUAAAUGUAAAGAAAGUCAACAUUUAGAUGGUAUUCCUUGAAGAAUAUGAACAUUUCAGGCGUCCUGUGAAAUACGUCAUGUCUAAGUCCCAGCAAACAGUAAACUCAAGCGUGAUUUUCGUAUAAUAAAGACUCGAGAAGAAUAUUUUGGGAACACAAUCUGUUUUUAACACUUGUAAUUUGGUUUUCUUUGUUUCCUAAAACUUUGUCCCGAACUUGAUGAAUGACAAGAUGCUCCGUUAUCGUUGAUAAAUCCUAUAAUCUUGUGAAACUGAGCUCCUGUUGUUCCUCUGUCAUAGGAGAUCUCUUUUCUAAGCCUUUAAGGAAGUUCUAAAGAGGAGCCAGUGACGGCUAAAUAUUUACUUUGGUGACCAGCAGACAAGAGAAGAUUUGUGUGUUUUGUUCUCUGCUCUGUAUCAAGAUUUUGUUCCUCUCUUGGCCUCACAAGAGGAUGUCGUCUCUGCUAUUAGAGUAUUUUUCAGUGUGUAUAUUCUGUUCCUCUUCAUCUGCUUUUGCUGUCAGCCUCCUUUCCUCCUCAUUCAUGAGCGUGUCUUGGAUGUGUUACAGGUACACCAGAAGUAGGGGCAGCCAACCAGGUGAUCUGAGUGUUUCCAAGCUUUGAUGCGACCCGAUUGUGCCUGGAGCAUGUCCACAGUGGGCCUGACUGCCCAGGAGAUCUCUUUUCCCAUAGAAAACCCCUUCCUGAGGGGCAGCUACUGUCACAGCAUGGCUGGAUCCAAAUCGUCUUGGAGUUAUCCCCAUGAGCUGGACAAGUGAGUCUACACAAUUAGUAUGCAGCAAGUUUGUGAUUCUGGUUGGUUUUGGAUUUCUUUUAAACUCUGAUUAAGUGCUGUGAGAGUCAAUAAAUCUGAUACCAAUCACAUCUGUCUUUUUUAACAGCUUCUAUUUCAGUAUGGAUACUGCACACACAAAUCACAGCCCUCGGACUCAUCAAAAGGGGAUCUCCCAAUCGACGCUAAGUCAUGAAAGUGAGUGUCUGACCUGUCAUCUGCCUUCAGAGAUCAACUAAUGCUGUGUCGCAUAUGUUGUGUUGAAAGGACAAACAAAAAUUGUGGUCUGAUUUUUCAUUUCUCCUUUCCAACAGGACAUAAACACAGUCCCACCUCGCAGAGAUUACCCCCAAAGAAGUCCCGGCCAUCCCACCUCCCCCUGUCCUGCUGUGCUGAACCAUCCACCCCGAGUCCAGCUGAUGAUGACCAGGUGGUCCCUUCCUUCCAGAGGCUCUCUGUGUGCAGCAGUCCCCCGCAGACGCCUGGCAGAUGCUCCAAGCCUCUGCCCCCAAUCCCUCCACAGACGGACAUCUCCCCCGAACAGGCCAUUGACAGUGAGGUAGAGUUUUUCACGAGUUCGGACGACAGCUGUUGCCUGGUGUCCGAUCAGUGCCACAAAUCAUCUCCUUUUCGAUACGGGAUCCCCAGUCGAAGGAGUUUCAGGGACUGUGGGCAGAUUAACUAUGCGUACUAUGACGGCCCAUUAGGACCGCAGAGCACGAGGCAGUACAAAAAGCAGCAUCAGGUGCAUCCUCCGCAGGAAGUGAAAGAACAGUAUGAACAGCGACAGGAACCACCUGAGCCAGUGGUCUGUCAGCAGAGACAGCAGGAAAAAGCUCAGAGGAGGCUGCGGCGCUCUCAUUCAGGCCCAGCUGGCUCCUUUAACAAGCCCUCCCUCCUGCGCCUCUCUUGCCACAAACGACACACGAACAGCACGGAAAAACCUGAAGUACCACCCCCUAUCCCCCCAAGAACAAUCAAGACAGGAGACUAUCGCCGCUGGUCAGCAGAGGUCUCGUCUGGGGCUUACAGUGAUGAUGAUAAACCACCCAAGGUGCCUCCAAGAGAUCAUUUGUCUCGAGGCAGCUCCCGCACCCCCAGUCCCAAGAGCCUCCCGUCAUACAUAAAUGGCGUGAUGCCCCCAACCCAAAGCUUUGCGCCGGAUCCCAAGUACGUAAGCUUCCGGGGUUUGCAGAGACAGAACAGCGAGGGCUCUCCUUGCAUCCUCCCCGUCAUGGAAAACGGCAAAAAGGCCAGCACCACACAUUACUAUCUCCUGCCCGAGCGACCUGCUUUUGUGGACUCACCUUGUGUUGAGAAGUUUCUCCGGGUCAUGGACGGCCCCGCGGCUCGCAAUACCGACGUAUCUGACUCAAACUGGGACUGCCACACCAGGCAGAAAGCACAUGUGGAUUUGGUUUGAAAUAUUGAAGUGGAAGUAGCGGAAGAGUCUUCUGUACAUGAGCACACACACACACACCGCUUGAUAAGAAAUGGUGAAACUGGACGCUAACAACAACCCUCAAACUGCUGCUUUGACUGUUUUUUUUCGCCCCUUCGUAUUCUGAACACACAGGGUAUGUGCGCACUGUAGUCAGUUACUGGUAAUGAUUGAACAGCUGAGAUACUUCACAUAGAAAAAAACGUAUCUCUGACUAUAGCUUGUGGGCAGAAUGACAUUGUAGAGCUUAUUUUUGAUAUGAUUUAUAUUUCAUGACAUUCAAUGUUGUGCUGUUUUUUGCCGAUUUGUGGUACAACGAGAAGGUACAAGCGGGCCUUGAACCUCACGUGUUCAGUGUUUUUCUGUGUCUGGAAGGUUGUGCAUGAUUAUGGAGAUGCUGCUCUUGUAUCUCACAUGGGACAAAAGGUCAGUAAUGUAACCAUGUAUCACAAACUAUAUGAAGUCGAAACACAAGGCCAAUCAGUUUAUUUUUAACGGAAAUGAAGGAUACUUUAGUGUUAUUUGUCAACACUGAUGUGGUUUCCCCGCCUUGAUGAAGUAAAGGUCUCGCUCAGGCCGGAUUAUUCGCGUGUUUUAAUCGCCACAUGGCACAGAGUUGUGGUACAUUUUGUACUAAGAGGUGGGUACAUUACUGGUAGCUAAGCAUGUUUCUGUUGGAAUGUCUAGUGCAGCUUUUUAUGGUGUGGACGUCUGUGAUGAUGAGUGUGUCUGUGUUUGUAUAGUUGUGGAUGUGUUGGUGCAUACGUGCAUGUGAACAGAAGUCGGAAAAGUGUUCUGGUGAUACUUUACAAAAAAAUGACUUUCUACACGCCGUAGAAAAUCGUCAAACAUACAUGUUACUGUGCUCUUUUUUUUUUUUUUGCGGCGCCUGCUCUUUUUGAGUUCAGCCCGGUGUCCAGGUCUGUUUCGUUGCACAGAAAACAGCCUGUUGAAUGAACAUGAAGUGAAUGUAUGCUAUUCUUACUGAAAUUCCAUCGAACAGUGGGAGGAGCUUAUUUUUGGUCAAGCUGUGAGUCAUUGCUUGGAACUAAUUUGCCUCAAGUACUACCUCCCUGUGAUAUUAAUCGUUUUAUUUCACAUAUUCCUCACUUACAUACACAGAAAAAUUAUACUCUGCAAUACAUACGGUAAUAGCUCUUUACGUGACCUGACAAAAUUAAAAUUCAGCUACACUUCAGUAAGAGUAACACAAAGUAAAUUUCAACAGGAAGUUCCUUUUAAUAGAGAUUGUUAAUCACUCCCAUCUGAGAUCACAGAGAUGUGAGGCUAACCUGUUAAUACAGACGCAUUACAAAGACGGCGCAGGGUUAACCUGCCUGACACAGACUUUCCUGUUCUGCUCAUGCAUUCCUGCCUUACAUGAUUGCAGUGGGUGUGGUCUGAGAGACUUUGGCUGCUGGCAGCCCAGAAGAUAUAUGGAUUUUAUUGUCAGAGAUGAUGAUUCAAGAAGCAUCAGGAUGAUAUAGUAAAUGUAGCACAUGUAUUGAAGUAACCCUUGGUAUCGAACACGGUGUUCAGUUUGGGAAACAGAUAACCGCUGAGGUCAAAUGGUCAUGUUGAAAAAAUACACUUUUUCUCUCUCUUCUGCUCACAAACCCCUUGCCAACACAAUGUUGCUUUUGACUUUAACGUCAGAUCAAAUGUUUACAUCAUACACUGAUACUAUUUAAUCUUAAAGGUAUUUUAUGUCUUAUUAGAAAAUAUAAAAACUGAAUGAAGACUAGUUUAUCAAGAAAUAACUUCUCUGCUGUGGUGAAGACAUGCACUGGGAGAGUACAGUAUGCUGUGUACAGUAUUUAACAAUUCCAUUUGUUGUUAUGAAUCGAUGUUAAGUAUAUAGUCUUUAAAAAAGAAAGCAAAAUAAAAUGACUUAUUUAUGAGCCUG